UAGGACAACAGUGAUUAACAACGAUUUCCCGUUGGAUUAGUUGGCCAACUCACUUAGAUAAAUAAGAUUCUUUCGAUGUCACUUUGACUGAAACGCCCCGCAAAGUCACAAGCUUCCUCUCUCUCUCUCUCUCUCUCUCUCUCUUCAGGCGCUAGUUCAAGAAAACGUUUCGCAACUUCACUGUUCUGUGGCUAAAAUUCUGAGCCAAAGCCAAAACAAACCGAGAAAACAGAGGAAAAAAGGAGAGUAACCAGUUGAGAUAACAAGUUUUCUAUCAAAUAUGGGUGCAACAAGUCCACUCAAGGGCCAAUCUCAGUCUCAUUCCCUGACCAAGAAGUUCUUGCCUUAUGCUCUUUAUGCUCUCCUCUCCAUAGCUCUUUUCCGCUUGUACUUUCACCCUUUUCCUCUCCCUCAAUCUACCACGGAGCAGCUCCCUCACAACAACCGCAUCAUCCUCACCACUUCUUCUUCUUCUCCUCCUAUAUCUUUCUCCGAAGAAGAGGAAGUAGAUAAUGAAACUACAUGUGACUACACCAAUGGCAGAUGGGUACAUGACAAGAUGGGGCCUUUGUACAAUGGCACAACCUGUGGUACAAUUAAGGACGGUCAAAAUUGCAUCUUACAUGGGAGACCUGACUUGGGUUACCUUUAUUGGAAAUGGCAACCCAGCCAAUGCAAGCUCCCAAGGUUUGAUCCCAACACUUUCUUCCAUCUCCUUAGUAACAAGCAUUUAGCUUUUGUUGGUGACUCCAUGGCUAGGAACCAACUGGAAUCACUCCUUUGCAUGCUAGCCACUGCCUCCAAUCCUAACCUGGUUUACAGAGAUGGGGAGGAUAACAAGUUCCGUAGAUGGCAUUUUGCUUCUCAUAACAUUACAAUAUCAGUUUAUUGGUCACCAUUUCUGGUUAGAGGUGUUGAAAAAUCAAAAACUGGUCCGGAUCAUAAUGAAUUGUUUGCCGAUAGUGUUGAUGAGAGGUGGGGGGCCGAUUUGGACCAUAUAGAUUUGAUUGUACUCUCAAUUGGGCAUUGGUUUCUUCAUCCAGCAGUUUAUUACGAGGGUGGUUCAGUAUUGGGUUGCCAUUACUGCCCUGGACUAAAUUACACUGAGAUAGGAUUUUAUGAUGUGAUGAGGAAGGCCAUAAAGACUGCACUUAAGACAAUAAUUGAAAAGAAAGGGGCUAAUGGUAAUAGAAUUGAUGUGUUUCUGACCACAUUUUCACCUUCGCACUUUGAUGGUGAAUGGGAUAAGGCAGGUGCUUGUCCCAAGACAAAACCUUAUAAGGAGGGAGAGAAGAUGCUUGAAGGAAUGGAUGCAGAUAUGAGAGCAAUUGAAGUUGAAGAAAUGGGAGCUGCUAAGGCAAAUGCUAAGCAAUUUGAAGGGAUGAGGCUAGAAAUAUUGGACGUGACCAAAUUAUCAUUAAUGAGGCCAGAUGGUCAUCCAGGGCCUUACAUGUAUCCAUUUCCAUUUGCUAAUGGGGUUCGAGAGCGUGUACAGAACGAUUGUGUACAUUGGUGUCUGCCAGGUACUAUUGAUACUUGGAAUCAGAUAUUGUUAGAAGUUAUCAGGAGAUGGAGUUUUCAAUCAAGGAGAGAAGAGUGAGGCAAUUCAAUACCCAAUGCUAGGUUUUGAUUUACUUUGCUAUUCUGCUCAACUUGGUUGGCGUACAUUUCUUUCUGAAAAAAAAAACAGAUAAAUGGAAAAAAUAUUGUUUGGGGUCUCUUUCAGCUAUAGCACGAAAAUGGAAAGAAUGUGUUAAUGAAAUUAAGACGAUUGCUCUGUGGGGUGACAAAGAUAGCGAUUCUUUUGGAACAUGUGAUGAUAUCAAUGUGAAAUGUGUACAAAUGAUAUCAAUGUGAAAUGUGUAGAGGAAAUUUGAAGAUCAGUGGCAGUUUUUAUUUCUUCCUUUGGAAACAAGGUGGUUACCUCGGCCACAUCCCCAGGAAAUUGCUCCUUCAGUUUCUUCUGUUCUGGAAUUUGUCUGUGUGUAGAGUUUCUAUUAGCUCUUGUAUCUAACCAAUUUGGGCAGAAUUUUGAUGGUCAGAGUUGUUUACAGUUGAAAAUUUUGAUUACGUGACA